AGGUCCCAGAGUGCAAGUUCAGUCGCGUGGCCAAGGGGGUGUGAGAGCUCGCGCUCUCUCUCUCUCUCUUUCUCUUUCUCUUUCUCUCUCUUGUGUGUUAAGGAUUACCCGGAUGCUCUCGGACAGCCGAGCCUACGUUAAUCCUAAUCUGAAAUCAUUUUUUCCGUUGCACGUACGACUGGAAUCGUCAUCUUCGAUUGAGUGUGACAUCACAGAAAAUGUGCGCGUUGCCUCGGUCCGAGUUCAGUGGAGGACUUGAUUGUUUCGUAGUGCGGUGUGUGUUUGUAGGUAUUGGCGAAAUCGAAAGUGUCUCAGUGUCAUUUUGUGUAUUUGUUUGUUUACUGACUGCCAGUGAUACGUAAGAAAAGGACCGUUCGUCUAUGAAGGGGCAUAAUAAGUUGCUUACCUCAAACAAAUAAGAAAAUGCGAUGAUUGACACUGGAGAUUUUUGUAGCCGGGAGGGCGGAAGGAGUUUAUUGUAUGUCCCCAUGAUGGGGCAAUUCUGGCCGAGAAGCGAAUCACAGACGAUAAAUGUGGCUGUGGCCCGGAGAGACUAAAAAGUGAGAUAGAUGUGUUCUGCUGCCGCGAUCCACGACGAAUGCUUAGAACGGCGCCAUCUUUUGGCUGGAUGUUCAGGCUGUGGUCUUUGGACGCUUGUCGCGGGGGCAGGAGAAGCAGCGUCGACUAUGACUUCCCCGUGUCUCUGGCUGUCCUCAAAAAGAACGCCAAAGUGCGAGGCUCCAGCUUGGGCGUCCAGUCUUCCAGCCCUGGCGUUGAUGACAAUGGAAACGAAAAAGCAAGUGGGGCAGAAUCGAAGGGCAACGGGCCGCCCCCUUGCCAAGGUCAGGCUGAAGAGGCCAAGGGCAGCCCUUCAGGAACAAGGGAGAUGACGAAUGAGGAAGACGGACCUCCCGACAGAGUGACCCCUUACCGCAGUCCGUCAUGUUCCUCUUGGCUCUUGGAGGAUACCCUGCGGUUUUUUUUCUGCUGUAAACGUCCGGAGUUUGACGGCCUGCAGGCGACCGGUUUGCCAUCAGGAGAUUAUAGUAGCACUACCACAGAGGACGAGGACGAAGAAGACGUUGGUGAAGCAGGUCGCGACGACGUGGGCAACACCUUGAAGGUGCUGACGGCGAAGUUGGAAGACCUACGGACCUGUCACGACCUGAUCAUCAAGCAUGGCGCCGCCCUCCAGAAGUCACUCGCCGAGUUGGAGACCCUUGACAACACUCACGACCUCACGCCCAAGACGAAGACGGUCAACGAAAGAGCCACGCUCUUCAGGAUAUCAUCCAACGCCAUGAUAAACGCUUGCAACGACUACGUCGAAGUUAGUAGCACUGCUGGGCGCAAAUGGCAACGCCUCCUGCAACAUGAACGUGACCAACGGCUGAGGCUUGAAGAUAUGGUGGAGCAGUUGGCCCGCCAGCAUUCACAUCUUGAGCAGGAGGCCAAGGAACAGAUGAACCAGGCCAUGCCACCAGGUGUGCAAAUCCCCAUCAUAUCAAGUGGAACUGCAGUUGCAGAGAGUGACUUUUCCUCAUCAGAUGCAAUUUCAGAGCAUAUUGCUGAUAUCCAGAGAGGAGUCUCAAGUCAGCUGGGCGUGAUGUCACCGCGGUUAUGCCAUAGCCAUAGUGAGGAUGAAGAGGAGACUGAGUUUGAGGAUGCUGUUGAAGAAUUGGCAGAAAACUUUAUAGUGCAUGUCAACCCUAGCCAGGCGCACAAGCGGUCUAGUUCAAAUGUUUCUCAGGCAUCGGAAGGGCAAGGUGUAGGUGACACUGUGUCAGCGUCCAGCAGUGAAGGAGACGGACAAGACAACACCGUCCAAGUCAUCAUGAGGAAAGACAACAAUACAGAUAGUAGUUAUAGUCUAAGUGAAGAAAUGGCUAGCCUCAAUGGUUCUCAGGCCACAACUCCAACAGAUGGAGGAGUGAUACAAGCGAAUGGUCAACCGAAAAGGCAACGUAGAACUAUAGUACCAGAGAAACCAAAUUAUCCCAUAAAUCUUUGGUCGAUUUUAAAAAAUUGUAUAGGGAAGGAGCUAUCAAAAAUUCCAAUGCCGGUUAAUUUCAACGAGCCUCUCUCCUUUUUACAACGAUUAACAGAAGAUUUUGAAUAUAGUGAUAUAUUAGACAGAGCAGCACCGGUAGAAGAUUCGUGUGAACAGUUAGCUAUGGUUGCUGCAUUUACUGUCUCGUCAUAUGCCACAACUUCAGUAAGAACAACUAAGCCUUUUAAUCCACUUCUUGGGGAAACUUAUGAGUGUGAUCGCCUGGAGGAUUUUGGCUGGAGAGCGAUUAGUGAGCAGGUAUCUCACCAUCCCCCUAUAGUGGCCCAGUACGUAGAAGCGACUAAUUGGGAUAGUUGGCAAGACUUCUCUAUGUCCUCAAAAUUCAGAGGCAAAUAUCUCCAGAUCAUUCCCCUUGGUAUUGCUCACCUAAAAUUCCGUCAGAGUGGUAACCACUAUAGUUGGAGGAAGGUGUCUACAACUGCACACAACAUGAUUGUUGGGAAAUUGUGGCUAGAUAACCAUGGAGAAAUGGAAAUCAUCAAUCACAAGACAGGAGACAAAUGCUGCCUUAAAUUCAUAGCAUAUUCGUACUUCUCCAGGGAAACUCCCAAAAAGGUCACAGGGUAUGUUGUAGACAGUGAAGGUACUUUCAAGUGGUUUAUCACUGGUACAUGGAAUGAAAAAAUAGAGGCCUGCCGUGUUACUUCACAGAAUAUGAGGGGAGGAAAGCCUGUCUAUGAAACAGGGCCACCGAAGAUUUUGUGGAAGAGAAAUCCUGUGGAUCCAGAUGGAGAGAAAUAUUACAAUUUCACCGAGUUUGCAUGUCAACUCAAUGAACCUGAAGAAAAUGUAUCGCCAACGGAUUCACGCUUGAGACCAGACCAACGGUUAAUGGAGGAAGGUCGUUGGGAUGAAGCCAAUAGAGAAAAACUUAGGUUAGAAGAGAAACAAAGGGCCACUCGACGUCAACGAGAAGCAGAGGCAGAGCAAGCUGCAACUGAAGGUCGGGAGUAUCCUCCUUACAGUCCAGUAUGGUUCAAGAAGGAGACUGAUGAGACAGGGGCAUUAUCCUUUAGGUAUACACACGAAUAUUGGGACUGUAAAGAAAGGCAGGAUUGGUCCAGAUGUCCUGAUAUCUUCUAGUACCCAAAUGUAGUACCUGCCUUAAUAAUUAGCCGUGUGGCUCUUUCUACCAAAUUAAUGGUGAUAUGGAGGCAGUGUCAUUUUGUAUGUAAAUUUGGUAAAAUGGAGCUAUAUUAUGUGAAAUUUUUUAGAUUAUUUUUGAUGACAUUGUAUGAAAUCAUGAUUUUCAUCAUAGCUUGGUCCCUAGUUGAAAGUGAUAAAGCAGUGAUAAUGACCUUGCUGUGCAAGAUGAAGAAAAGACAUUCUCAAGCCUUAGAAUGUUAUAGAUGGUCGUCCUUCAAUAUUUUACGUGAUGCCUCAAAGAGGAGAUGAUGCUUCUAAAAGCCCUUUUGCUCACUCUUGAUUUCAUGACUCCAUAUCAAGGACUCAGAAUUGCCCUCUAAGGCUUCGGGUGCUAAUAGUGUUGCUGUAGGUAUUUCUACAGCUUUGAGGUACUUGUUUUUUUAUGUGAUCAUAUUUUUAUGUAAAACUAAGUUGCCCCAGAGAAACUUCUCAUAGUGUUCAAAGUGCAAAAGUGAUUCACAGUGAACUGCAUCCUAGUUACACUUGACGGACCAAUUUGAAAAAGAACUUUUUUUUUUUAUUAGCACACUACGUUUGUAGUUAAACCAUAUAUAUAUGUGUUGAUUCUUAUGAAAAUGUGUUACUGUCUUGGCUCUUACUAUGUUGAGUUGUAUGUCAACAUGUAAAUUCUCAGUUUUACAGGGCUUGUGCAUCUGUGCAUUCAUAUGCUGCCUUGACAAGAUUUAUUUUGUCUUCUCUUUUUUUGAGAAAUAAGUGAAAGACAAAGGUGUAUCAGUACUCAAACAAUAAUUCAGUUUUGUUUAUACAAGAUGGGAAAUGUGAAAGGUAAUUUAAAAGCCUUUUCAUUAUUUAUUAGAGCUUGAUCCUGCACAGAAUUCUCAAAGUUUGAUGGUUUGUGUAGUAUAUAAUUUAGGACUUUUGAAUUGUUGUUGGUGCAUAUUGAAGAUCAUCAGAGUACAGUAUAUAUUGUUAGUACGUAUCCCCUCCUUCCUUUAAUGAUUAGACAUCUCAUUGUAAAAUAAUCUCUCAUAGCUGCAUCAUUCACUAGAGUAUGGAUUGAUAUAUGCAUCUGGCUUCUGCACACAUCAUGUGUUUCAACAUAAAGCUGUUCAGUUACUGUGCUACUCUAGCCACUGAAACUAGACAGCAGCAUAAUUGCAUAAAAUUACAAGAUCCAAGUAUUAACUAUUGUAUGAAGUCUAAUUUUUCUGUAUCUUUCAUUAAUGGUGUGCUGGGUCCUUUGAGGAGGAAUUGUUAUAAUUUUGUGACAAGGCUGCUAAAAUUGUAGAUGUUUUUCUCAUUUUGAAGAUUUGUUUUAUUCAUGCUGACAUAGAUUACAACAUUGUUCAGUUUGCUGAUGCUGACAUAAACAACAUUAUUCUUAUUUUAGAAUAUGUUGCAUUAUAUUGUGGGUUGAUACUGAUUUGCAGUAAUGUCAUGCAAAUUAAGUUUGGUGUAUGGGUAAGACUUAAUAUAUUUGAUCCAAAUAUUAUUAAACAGUACAGGUGGUGAUUCUAAGUCUUUGUAGCUAUGUGGCCAACCGUCCUUAUCAAUUUGUCCAUCUGCCAGUGUGAAACCAGUGGUGGUGAGAAGAUAUCUGUAACCACUUUGUUGUAAGGGUAAGUUUUGUUAAAUAUACCAAUCUUAUGCAUAAAUAGGAUUCACCUUUGUUAUUGGUUUUGGUUACUAAUUGUCUUUCAUGGAACCACUGAGCAAUCUCAUGGAACUCCCUCUAUAGCGUGAGGAUGUGGCCAUCAAUCUACUUUAGGUAUUAGCAUGGCACAGGAAAUUUAUUUGCAUACCAUGACUCUGCUCAAAGAAGCUAUGGCUUCCUCUUGCUAUUAUUCAGUUGUGUUGAUAAACAAUAAUAGUACAUCACAGAUGUCAGUUUUUACUUUAUACCUGUUUUUAAGAAGAAUUUGUGCUCUGUAAAAAUUUAGAUAUGUAGGCAAAAAAAAACAAAAAAACAAAAGCUUAUCAAAGAAGAUACAAAAACAAUUUCAUGAAAACUUACUAGAUAUCCAAAAUUGUAGUGUGAUUUCACUCCAUAGCCUAACUUUGCAUAGGUAUAGUUGUUGAUCUGUUGAGCAAUUUGUGCAUAUUUUUUAUGCCUGAAGGUGUUAGAUAAUAUGAAUUUGUAUGAUAGAAACCAUAGUAAAGCAGCAGUUCACCCAAAAGAAGGCUCGACUCAUUCUCUGGUACUGAACAUAAUCUAGUGAAGUGCUUGAAGAAUUUGUAAUUCAGGUAUGAAUGAAUUAUAAAAGUAUUACACAUUUCUCUACACCAGGUAACUUGGUUAUUAUUGUACUGAUAUUGAUGGGAACAACUUAUCUAAAGCAUAAUCUGUAAUUGUUUUAACUUGAACUAGUUUAGCAUUUGUGUGCAUUAGAUUAGUUGAUUCCAUCACAUAAUAGAUUUGUUGCUUGUGAUAAACAGGUGUAAGAAAAUAGGGCAGCCAUUGGCUCUGUAGGACUGGAUAGGGACUUCAUCUGUACAUAUUCUCACUUUUAGAGGAGUGUGCGCUGACCAAUGUUAUGGUUAAACCUCAUUAUUAUUAUUUACGUUUGCUCAUUUGAUUUUCACGUGCCAUUGGUAGUGCUGUGCUAAAAUGGGAAUGCAUAUUUCUUUGUUUGGUAAUUUAAAUAUAUUUUAUGUACAUGUCAAGUAAGUCGUAAUGAGGUUUGAUUGUAAAAUUAGAUUUAUAGCCUAUUCUACAAACCAAUUGAAAAUGCUGUUGUUAAAGCUUUAUAUGAGGGGAAUUGUCUCCUGUUAUUUUGAUAGGCUAAAAUGAGCAUUUUAAUAAAGAGUAUUGGCAGAUGAUACAUAUUCUGUUGUUUAUUAUAAAUUUGAACAUACAGUACAGUAUAUAACUAUUGAUCAGUACAAUGCUGAGCAUUGAAUUAAAAUGUGGCAGUUGUUUUUGCUACAGAAAGUAAUGUUAGUUGGCAGAUGAUACCUCUGCAAUGUUAUGUUGUUGCAGGGGAAUAUUGUACUAAGUUAUCUUUACAUUAUUCUUACAUAUAUUAUUUGGAUGAUGAGUUAAUUGCUUUUGUGAUAUGAGAUAAAUAAAAUGGGAGACUAGUGUU